AUGGUGACCACGGCAGGGGUCCCACUGUCCUUUUCACUACCAUGGCCAGCCUCAGCUCGGUGGAUCUAUUCUCGAUUAAGGUCCGUCCAGCAGCUUCGACCACAAAUACAGAGAACUUCACGAGCAGCGAAUACUCGCCGUUACCACCCCGCGGCGCGGUCGUCGUACGGCGUCACUACACCCUUGCCCGAUCGGCCCUGCGCGGGUCUCUCGCAAUCACCCUUUCGUCUCGAGACUGGCUACGCGUUAUGUGCCAAACGUCCUUCACGACCGUUUCCUCCACCUUUCCUAUCCCCGCCAUCAUCCUCGUUCUCCGAUCCGCUUACUACCCACUCCCUGCAAGAUAAGAGGCUGUCAGUCCAGGGCGAGCUUAUCCGCGGGCUGAACAACGGCGACGAUGCGAUCAUCGUCACCGAGAAUUUUCUGGGCGUGGACGACGGGAUCGAACGCCGCAUCUGCACAGAUACUACAACCCUUGAGCCCAUCGAAUACCUCCAGUCUGCAUAUGAGGCAACCAUCCAAGCAACUUCCGGUCCGACCGAGUGGUAUGGCACCACCACCUCCGCAACCGCUAUUCUGCACUGGCGGUGUGGGCAAGACGGCGCCAAAAAACCAUUGCUUUAUGUGACGAAUUUGGGCGACUGCAAGGUGCUCGUGAUCCGACCGAGUGAGGAGAAGAUUUUGUUCCGCACUAAGGAGCAGUGGCACUGGUUUGAUUGUCCUAUGCAGCUGGGCACAAACAGUGUCGAUACCCCGCGCAACGACGCAGUGAUGAACGAGGUAGACAUCCAGGAAGAAGACAUUGUUUUGGCCCUUUCAGAUGGUGUAAUGGACAACCUCUGGGAGCAUGAAGUUUUGAAGAUCAUUAUGGAUAGCCUGGAAAAGUAUGACGCGGGAAAAGCCAACUGGAAGAGCUCGGAAACUCCGCCUGAUCUCUCGAACGACCGCAUGGUAUAUGCUGCGAAAGAGUUACUGAAUGCCGCCUUGACUAUUGCACAAGAUCCGUUUGCAGAGAGUCCAUUCAUGGAGAAGGGGAUGGAGGAAGGCUUGCCCAUCGAAGGAGGUAAGCUAAUAUCCUGUCAAUCUGUCUUUUCAGGGCGAGAGACUGAUUGUAUUGGUACAGGGAAAAUGGAUGACAUUUCAGUCAUAGUUGGCGCUUGCAAGAGACGAGAUGGGUGA